UUGUACAUCGAUCGACCUCAAGCACAUACUUAGAGGGCGAGAAGAAGGCAUUUCCUAUUUCCUCAGGCAUUUUGGUUUUUUCGACGGGCAAUCUUGGAAGGAGAAACUGAGGGCAGGAUCAGAAGAAAGAAGAAAUGGAUCGUCUCAUUUUUGGGCACUCUUUCGCCGUGCUCGUGGCGGUGGCGCUGAUCCUUCUCUCGGUGCUCGCGUUCAAUUUCCUCAAAAGGGAGAAAACCAGUCUGCGUAGAGAUGGAGAAGAUAGAGAUAUUAGCGGAUCUGGUUUGCCAACCGCGCCGGCGGAAACUAAUGCCAAUCCGUCUAGUUCGUCGAUCGCACUGACCGGAAACCGCUACGACGUGUUCUUGAGCUUCAGAGGCCCAGAUACUCGAGAAGGCUUCACCGAUCACCUCUACUACGGACUCAUGGAUGCCGGAAUUCGUGCUUUCAGAGACGAUAACGAGCUUCGCCAAGGCGAGCAGAUCGGUCCUGAUCUUUUGGCGGCCAUCAAGAAUAGUAAGAUCCUGAUCCCCAUUAUCUCCGUGACUUACAGUUCGAGCAAAUGGUGCCUUGAUGAACUGGUUCAAAUGAUGGAGUGCAAGAAUAAUAACACGGGGCAUCUAGUGUUGCCUAUAUUUUACAAAGUGGAACCAUCUCACGUGCGGCAUCAAAUCGGGAGUUUUGGGAAUGCAUUUCGUACACGUGAGAAGCGUUUCGACUUAACGAUUUUGGAGAAAUGGAAGCAAGCGCUCAAGGAAGUCAGUGACUUGAAAGGAUGGGAAGCCAAAGGGUACGAAGGAGAAUUAGUGAAAAAGGUUGUCCAAAAAGUGUUGAGCGAGUUAAAGAAAGAGUUUGAGUUGGUUAUUCCGGAGAAUUUGGUCGGAAUUGAUACUCAUGUAGAGAAGAUUAUGGAAUUUGUUGAUAAGAAGUUUAGCGCUACCUUGUUUGUUGGAAUCCAUGGAAUGGGAGGCAUUGGUAAGACAACUCUUGCUAAAGCUAUCUACAACAAGCUCUUUCAUCAAUUUGAGUAUCACAGCUUCAUUGCGGAUAUUAGGGAAUCAAGUAAGCGUAAUGGUCUUGAGUAUUUGCAAAAUCAGUUAAUUUCGAUAUACUUGAAUCAAAAAAAUCAAGUUUCUAAUAAAGAUGAAGGGAUUAAGUUUAUCUCUUCCAAGUUUGAAGGUAAGAAAGUCCUCAUCCUUCUUGAUGAUGUGGAUGAUGAUGAUCAGCUGAAGAGUUUGGCUGGAAAUCAUAAUUGGUUUUCUUCGGGGAGUAGGAUCAUGGUAACGACCGGAAACAAGGCUAUUCUUGACAAUUGGGGGAUGGACCAUAGUUAUGAACAUAAGGAAAUGGAUAUGAAUCAAUCUUUGAUUCUAUUUUGUAGACAUGCAUUUCGAAGGGACUUUCCUCCAAGUGAAUUUGAGGAAGACACUCGUAAAGUCAUAUCCACCACUGGAGGGCUUCCUUUAUCUCUGGAGGUUUUAGGUUCAUUCCUAUGUGGAAAAAAGCCAACAUUGUGGCGCGAUGCGAUAAACAAGUUGAGAAAAGUCCCCCAUCAGAAAGUGCGUGAAAAGUUAAGGAUAAGUUAUGAAGCAUUAGAGCAUGGACAAAAACAAAUAUUUUUGGAUGUAGCUUGCUUUUUCAUUGGCACCGAUGGAAGAAUUGCAUCUUACAUGUGGGACGCUUGUGGCUUUUACCCGGAGGAGGGAAUUGAAGUAUUGAGAUUUAUGUCGCUAAUAAAAGUUGAAGAUGAUCAUAAGCUUAGAAUGCACGAUCAAUUAAGAGAUCUUGGCGGGGAAAUCAUUCGCGAGGAAAACCAGCUGGAGCCUCGGUAUCGUAGUAGGUUAUGGGACUCCGAGGAAAUCUUGAAAGUGCUAAAGCGAAAUAAGGGAACAGAAAAAAUCCAAGCCAUUUAUCUUAGCAAAGGAAGUUCAGAAUGCUCCGGCAAAACAGCUGACCAAGAUUGCGAUAUCCACACGGGUGAACAAUUUAAGAAUUUAACAAGUCUAAGGCUCCUUCACGUGAAUGGGGCACGUUUUAGUGGAGAUUUUGAGAACUCUAUAGAGGAGUUAAGAUGGCUUUGCUGGUGGAAUUGUCCCUCAACUUUUGAAGCAAACAAUUUUCAUACAACGGAAUUAGUUGUACUCGAUUUGUCAAGAAGCAAGAUUUCAGAUGAAUGGCGAGGAUGGAGUUCCAUCAUGAUGGCAAAGAAGCUAAAAUUUCUCGACCUUACGGAAUGUCGAUCUUUAAAAGGAACUUUCUUCCUAUCAGCUUUUACGAAUUUAGAGGUUUUGAUCCUCCAAGGUUGUGAGGAGGUGGAGCAGAUUGACUCCUUGAUCGGAGACAUGAAGAGUCUGGUACGCUUGGACUUGGGGUUUUGUAGGAUGCUCAAGGAUCUGCCAGCAGAAGUGGGCAAACUAGAUGCAUUAAAGCAACUCCAUCUGCAAUAUUGUCCCAAAAUUUCUGUAGUACCAGACAGUAUAGGGGCCUUGCAGAAUCUAGAAAUUCUAGAUAUGAGGGGCAGUGGGAUAAGAGAAUUGCCAGAUAGUAUAGGGGCUUUGCAGAAUCUAAAAAUUCUGGAGAUCAGCGAAACUAGGAUAAAAGAAUUGCCGGAAAGUGUAGGGGCCUUGCAAAAUCUAGAAAUUCUGAAGAUUAACGACACUCAGCUAAAAGAAUUACCGGAAAGUAUAGGGGCGCUGCAGAAUCUAGAGAUUAUGUAUAUUGGUUGGACUAGGUUAAAAGAAUUACCCAAUGGCAUUGGAAGGCUGACAAAGCUCAGAGAGCUAGAUGUUGCAUGCUCUGAUAUUUUUGUAGUACCAGAAAGCAUCAGUCAUCUUUCUUCGCUGCAAAGACUUGAGCUUCAUCGUUGUAAGAAGCUUCGAUCGCUGCCAGAGCUUCCUUCCAGCUUAACGAGUUUAAGCAUCACCUGUCAAAGUCCUAGAUUGCGUUCACUUACCUACCUGACCCAUCUCAAGAAACUACAACUGUGGGGCUGCAAAAUUCUGGAGUGCAUCUCGGAGCUUCCAUCGACAGUAUCAGAGCUUUCAGAAUGCUCCCACCUGGCGAAUGUUGAAGAAUCAGAAUUACCAAAAUCCGUCAACACUCCCUUCAAUUUGGGAGAAUUAUGGAUCAUGAGAUGCAAUUUUAUGCAAAUACUGGAUGUUUCACAUUUAAGCCAUCUGACGUAUCUAUAUGCUGAAAUUUGCUACAAUUUACUUGAAAUUCGAGGUCUUGAUGAAUUGAAAUGUUUGGAAACCUUGAUAAUCAAAAGUUGCAUUUCAAUUGAAAGGCUAGACCUUCCAAAGUUUGGGAGUGUAAAGGUAUUAUCUGUUGAAAAUUGCCAAAAAUUAGUCGAAAUUCAAGGCAUGGAUAGGCUGGAGUUCUUAGAAAGGCUGAAAAUCCGCAGGUGCACUUCAAUUGCAAGGUUGGACCUUUCAAAAUCUGCAGGUAUGAAGAAAUUAUAUGUUGAAGACUGCGAAAGCUUAGUUGAAAUUCAAGGUCUUGAUAAGUUGGAGCUCUUGAAAGAGCUAGGCAUCUCUGGUUGCCCUUCAAUUCAAAGGCUUGAUCUUCCAAAAUCUGAGGGUUUAAAGAUAUUGAAUGCUAAAGAUAUGCAUUCUUUUUGCAAUAACAUACUUGAAGUUCGGGGUCUUGACAAAUUGAAAUAUUUGGAAAGAUUGAACAUUGAAGGGUCUUCAAUUGAAAGGCUAGACCUUCCAAAAUCCGAGUGUAUGAAGAAAUUAAAUGCUAAAGAUUGUAAAACGUUAGUUGAAAUUCAAGGCCUUGAUAGGUUGGAGUUCUUGGAAGAGCUUAAUAUCUCUGGGUGCAUUUCACUUGAAAGGCUGGAUCUGCCGAAAACCAAGGGCAUGAAGAAAUUAGAUGCUGAAAAUUGCGACAACUUAGUCGAAAUUCAAGGCCUCGAUGGGUUAGAGUUCUUGGAAGAGCUGUAUAUCUCUGGCUGUGUUUCAAUUGAGAUGCUGGAUCUUCCACAAUCUGGGCGUCUGAGGAUGUUAUAUGCUGGAAAUUGCGAAAAUUUAGUCAAAAUUCAAGGCCUCGAUAGAUUGGAGUUCUUGAAAGAGCUAUAUAUCCCUAGAUGUGUUUCACUUGAAAGACUAGACCUUCCAAAAUCCGAGAGUCUGAACAUAUUAGAUGCUGAAAAUUGCAAAAACUUGGUUGAAAUUCAAGGCCUCAGAAGGUCAAAGUUCUUGAAAGAGUUGUAUAUAUCUGGGUGCCUUUCAGUUGAGAGGCUGGACCUUCCAAAAUCCAAGAGUCUGAGGAUAAUAGAUGCUGAAAAUUGCAAAAACUUAGUUGAAAUUCAAGGCCUCGAAAGGUUGGAGUCAUUGGAAAAGUUGUAUGUUUCUGGAUGUGUUUCAAUUGAAAGGCUGGACCUUCCGAAAUCUAAAAGUAUGAAUAUAUUAUAUGCUGGAAGUUGUAAGAACUUAGUUGAAAUUCAAGGCCUCGAUAGAUUGGAGUUCCUGGAAGAGCUGUAUAUCUCUGGAUGCGUUUCAAUUGAAAGGUUGGACCUUCCAAAAUCGGAGAGUUUGAAGAUAUUAGAUGUUGAAAGAAGCAAAACUAAGUCGAAAUUCAAGUCUUUUGGGGUCUUUAUUCAGUUUAUUGGACAAGAGCUGUUUGUGAUUCAGGUUUGGAUCUUGCUCUUCCUUAAAAUGGGCUCCUUACAUGCUGCUGAUGCUUUGGAAGAAUGCUCGAAAUGGAUCGGCAAAGACUUGGGUUUACAGCUUUUAUCCAUCAGUAAAGCCAUCCAACGUUUGCCUGCUAAACUUUGUUUUGUUUGA